AUGUAUAUCGAAGAGAUCCCGCCUGGAUCCAUCCCGACGUUGGCGAAACUCCUCCAGUUUCGACCCAAUGAAGCCCUAGAAACCGUGUCAUCGCGAAUCGCCAAGGGGGUGAAGGUGUUGCCUUCCUUUCUCCGGCCGAGCCGUCUGGAGAAGAUCCUCUUACCCCCUCGCGGCCAUCUCUGCCAGCUACAUAAAGCCCUACACUACGACGCCGUAGACGUCGUGCUACGCCAUGUCCAGCACGAAGUGGGGAUUCGUCUCAACAAGCUCAUUUCGCAGUGCGACAUGCUCUCCCCGGAGCAGUACGUGCGGGUGAUGAGACUUCGGGCCCUGCACGCCUUGUGGCUCACACCCGAGGACUACGAAAAGACAUUCUUGACUUCAAGCCAGGGUUCGAAGUGGGUUUACCAAAGCGACCGGUGCAGCGCCUGCAUCUUGUCCCGUAUCACGCGCGACCUGGAGAUUCUCCUGGACCUCAGGUGGGCGAUCCGGUCAAGGGCGACGCACAAUUUCAUCGCGACGCACGGAAUUCCCAUACUCCAGCCUUGGGUGCAGGUGUGGAUUGCCGCGCUGGCGCGGUGCGUCGAAAGGGCGACCAGUCAGGAGAUUGAUCUGGACACGGUCAUGCUCCAGAACGAGGAACAAGCGGUGGCGUUGAAGAAGACAAGAGCUCACAUUGAAGCCGUCCGGAAGGAGAAAUACAAGUACAUGAAGGUGAGCAGAACCAAAAGCGGGAGGACACGAGCCAGGCGCGCCGACAGUUGUCGUCUCGUUCCUAAUCCUCCGGCGCCUCCUGGGCACGAGGCUGCAGAGACUGUCACCACCCAAGACAGCCGCGGCACUCAAGCCGGAGAAGACCUGCCAAGAGACCUGGACGAAGCCGACCUUGAGGACAUGGACGCGUAUGAGGCUUUGACCAGCACGACAUAUCUUCCAAGUCUGCCACAUCCUCACGUUAAAUAUCCCUUCGAAUCGGCUAUCAGCUCCGUUUCCGGUGAUCCUUCCACGAAAGGUCAAAGCCCAUACGGACACUCUUCCCUGGGCACUGAACGGGCAUCAAUCUAUAGCGUCCUCGAAGACCCGCAAACUGCCGCAUCUCUGGAGCUGAGAGACCCUACAGACCAGGACGAACAGUAUGAAUACGUACCUCCAAGGUCACAGUGGAAGGCCCCACAACAAGAGCGACCAACGCGACCAUCAACACUGCACUCUCGUCCACCAGGCGGCCGGCAACAUGAUGAAACGGUCUCUGUCAUGUCCGCCAGCGACAGGGUCGAGAGACCAUGCGUCUCGUCGAGAGAUUCUUGGGAAACGGAGCUUCUGAGGGCGUCGAGUUCGAGCAUAUACUCUACCGCAACGGCGGCGUCAAACCCGCAGAAGCGUCACGCCUCUCGAAGCAGACCGCGACUGACCAGGGUUGACGAGAACGAGGACGAGCACUGCGGGAACGGAAUACACUCUGCAUCCCGAGUCCGUGCCCCGUCAUCCACGGGACAUCGACGCGAUGCGGCAGAGACGUACACCGACCUCCUCGCCUCAUCUCCAUUCGCAACAACCACAUCCGAAACACCAUUCAGACCACAACAUGUACCGCGACCUGGGCCAGGAAGAUGCACGCCCCCGGCGUCUGCGUCGGAACUAUUCCUCCGUCUGUACGAUGAAGUCAGCCGGCACGCAGCAGGGCCAGGCGCAACGACACCUUCACCUGAACUGCCUUCCGGGCCUGCCCUGCGACGGGCACCGUUGACGCCUCCAAGGCGUCCGGCGUCGUCGACGGAAGACUUCCUCAAUCUAUACGACGAGGUGGUCGGCGCGUACUCGCGGGACAGAACCCCAGGCUCGUCGUCUUCGCCAGAGACACACCGUAGCGUGUCCACGUCGACGUCGACGUCGACGUUGGUCUCGGCCACCACGAGGAAGAGGUUGACCCCUGAACGGCUCUCUGUCCGGGCGAGCACGAAUGAACGACCGAACGACCGCAGAAAGUCCGAGACCCAUGCCCUCCACUGCGAGGUGCACGUGCGUGAGGGAGCAGGGUCGGGGAGCUCGGCCAGUCAGAGCAGGAGCAGGAGUAGGAGCAGGAGCAGGAGUAGGAGCAGAAGCAGACACCGCAGCCAGACCCACGGUCAUGGCCAAAGCAAGACCCGCGGCUGCGAUAGCAGGGAUGACGUGCAGUCUACAUGGAGCGGAGUGUACGAAUCGGACAUUGCGUCGAGAGAUGACCUGGGCUGGUUUUACCACGGCAGGUAA